UCUAUAUAUUUAAAUUUGUUCAUUUUGCACGUUAAUAAAUUGUUGCGUACGUUAAAAUUUUAAAUUUCAAUAUGUCUGCGAUUAUGUUGGAGGAAAUACGCGGGAAAAGACGAUGUUCAGUGCGAUGCUAAGGUUAGAAACGGCGCGAAAAUGGCACAGCGUAGCAUAACAUCGUUCUUCACGAAAGCGACUACGAAGAAAGAUAGCAGCGAUGCAAGUAAUUCAAGCAGCAAAGUUAUUGACAAUGAACAUGACAGUCCCGGGAGUGUUAAACGAAAAAGGGAAGAUAGCACGGAGAACAGCGAAUCGAGUCCUCCUUCCACAAAGAAAUCAGAAAAUAAACUUUCAAAGAGAAAUACCACAUCAAAGACUCCUUCGCGGUCAAAGAAAAAUGGAAAAACACCUAAAAUCAAAUUGUCACCUGAAGUAUCUAAGCAAAAUGAAAAAAGAAAAGCAAAAACUCCAAGUAGUGGUACUAAAAAAAAGAAAAAGACUGAUAGAUCAAAAAGUACUGAAAAGAAAAAUAUUACAAAAAGUGAGACACCUGAUGAGGCUCAAAUAGAGAAUGAUUCAGAUUUAGGAAAUGAGAAUCAGUCUAGCUCUCCUAAUUCUGAAUUUCCGAAAUCUUCUGAUAAGUCUGAUAUUAAAACAAGUUCAAAAAAAGCUACUAAGAAAAUUGUUAAAAGAUCAAGAAUAAUAGCACCCAUUGAUGACUCCAGCGAUGAAGAUGGUCAUUUGCCAGUGAAAAUGCCAGAUAGUCCAAAAAAAUUAGAUCUCAAUGGAAAAAAAAGCAGUUUGGUUAACGAAAAAAACGAAUCCGACGAAGAAGUUUUAAAUGAGGAAAAAGAAUCUGAUAAGAAAAUUGAAGACCAUACUGAAAACAAUGAAGAAGAUGAACAAGAAGAAGAUGAAAAAGAAGAAGAUGAAAAAAAAGAAGAUGAAAAAAAAGAAGACAAAAAAGAGAAGCCUAUUAAAAAGAUGCAUAAUUUCUUUGCACCAAAACAAACAGAAAAUAUAAAAAAUGAUGGGGAGAAGAAGAAACCUGGAAGUCAUUCCUAUAAUCCUAGUGCCUCAAAAUAUCAUCCAAUAAAUGAUGCAUUUUGGAAACAGGGAGAAAAAGUACCAUACAUCGCGCUAACACGUACAUUGGAAUUGAUCGAAGAAACAAGUGCGCGAUUGAAGAUAAUAGAAAUUUUAUCGAAGUACUUCCGUUCUGUCAUAGUUUUAAGUCCAAAUGAUUUACUUCCAAGUAUAUAUUUGUGUCUCAAUCAGCUAGCACCCGCUUACGAAGGAAUUGAAUUGGGUGUAGCAGAGACAAAUCUUAUGAAAGCUAUUGCACAAUGUACUGGUAGAACAUUAGCUCAAAUAAAAGUAGAUGUACAGCAAGUUGGGGACUUAGGUAUUGUGGCAGAGGGUAGUCGUUCUAAUCAAAGAACAAUGUUUCAACCACCUCCACUAACAGUAUCUAAUGUGUACUCUAAAUUGAAGGAGAUAGCGCAAAUGACUGGUUCUGCGUCUUUAACCAAGAAAUUGGAUAAAAUUCAGUCGUUAUUCGUAGCGUGUCGUUUCACUGAAGCCAGAUAUUUAAUCAGGUCUUUAGCGGGUAAGCUUCGAAUCGGCCUAGCAGAACAAUCUGUAUUACAAGCGUUAGCAUUGGCAUGUACAAUGACUCCACCAGAGCAGGGCUCUUCACCAGAGGUUUUAGAUGCAAGUAAAAGUAUGUCGAGCGAUUCCUUUAAGCAAAAGUAUGAUGAGACGUCGCUUAUUCUUAAAACAACAUAUUGCGAGUGCCCGAAUUACGAUAAAAUAGUUCCAGUUUUGUUGAAAGAAGGAAUUAAGGAGCUACCGAAAAAAUGUAAAAUCACACCUGGUAUACCUAUGAAACCUAUGUUAGCACAUCCCACGAAAGGUGUUCAAGAAGUAUUAACGCGUUUCGAAGGAUUGAAAUUUACUUGCGAGUGGAAGUACGACGGAGAAAGAGCUCAGAUUCAUUUUGCUGAAAAUGGUGAUAUUAGUAUUUACAGUAGGAACCAGGAGAACAAUACUAGUAAAUACCCUGAUAUUAUAGGACGAUUCAAAAAUACACGAGGGGAGAGUAUUAAAAGUUGUAUACUCGACUGCGAAGCGGUUGCAUGGGAUAAUGAAAAUAAGCAAAUACUUCCGUUCCAAAUACUCAGUACAAGAAAACGCAAAGAUGCAAAUGAGGCAGAUAUUAAAGUACAUGUAUGUGUAUUUAUGUUUGAUUUACUGUAUUUAAAUGACGAAUCGUUAGUGAAGCAACCAUUCAUAAAACGUCGCGAGCUAUUGAAAGAAAACUUUCAAGAAAUCGAAGGAGAAUGGAAAUUCGCAACUAGUUUAGAUACAUCAACCAUGGAAGAAGUACAAGAUUUCUUAGACGAAUCGGUCAAAGGUAAUUGUGAGGGUCUCAUGGUAAAGACCUUGGAACAGGAUGCAACAUACGAGAUUGCUAAGCGAUCUCGAAAUUGGUUAAAACUCAAAAAAGAUUACUUGGAUGGUGUAGGCGACACAUUAGAUUUAGUGGUUAUUGGUGGAUACGUAGGAAAAGGAAAGAGAACAGGAACUUAUGGAGGAUUUCUUUUGGCUUGUUAUGAUCAAGAGAACGAAGAAUAUCAGAGUAUCUGUAAGAUUGGUACUGGAUUUAGCGAAGAGGAUCUUCAGAAACACACUGAAUUUCUUAAAGAACAUAAAAUACCUCAAACUAAGACAUACUAUCGUUACGACGCAUCCCAAGAACCCGAUCACUGGUUCGAACCUAUUCAAGUUUGGGAAGUUAAAUGCGCGGACCUGUCUGUCUCGCCUGUUCAUAAGGCAGCCAGUGGAAUUGUUGACCCAGAAAAGGGUAUAUCUUUGCGAUUUCCACGAUUUGUUCGCAUUCGCGAUGAUAAAACUAACGAGGAAGCCACUUCAGCGCAACAAGUAGCAUCUAUGUACAGAAGCCAAGAGCAGAUCAAAAAUCAAACAUCAGGAACAAAAAAUACAGCAGAAGAAGAUUUUUAUUAG